AUGAACGAGAACAUCAAGAGUCUAGUCAAUAACCUUCCAUGGAUGGACGAAUCCAGCAAGCAGAUGGCGUAUUCAAAGCUGGACAGAAUGAACCGCGUCGUCAUGCCACAUAACAGCUUUUUCGUUCGAAAGGAACGCGAGGCACUGUACAGCGUGUUUCCGGACAUGAAGGGCAGGACCUUUAUGACGAACCUGUUGGGUGCUUCAAGAGUUUACCAGCGCCUCCGCAACCACGAACGCUUUCAGGACGUGUACAGCGUUCGCACGUUUCCACGUUUCGGCCGGGCGUUUUAUUUGUACUCGCCCAACUCAAUGACAUUGGCGAUCGGCGACCUGAACCCACCGCUCUUCUAUUACAACGCCACGUUGGCCAUCAGGUACGGUGCACUGGGCUCAAUAGCGGGGCAACAGAUUGCCAAGACGUUAGACGAAACAGGCGUCACAAUAGACGUCGAUGGCGUGCGCGGAGCAUGGCUGAAGCCCGCUGCCGCCGCAGUGCAUGCCGAGAAGUCCGACUGCGACGUCCGCACUACGACCGAUCGCUCCAAGUGGCGUCCGCUGCGAGUGUUUCCCGCCGUGGCUGGCCUGGAGGUCGCUUACGCGAGCUUUAGUGCGGCCGUGACGAGGGACUACCUCGCCGUAGAAGACUUCCGGAUUCUUCACCUCGAGCAGUUCACGGACAAGCAGAUAUUUUUCCUCGCGUUCUGCUAUUCGCAGUGCUCGAAGCGACCGCAGACGAGAGGCGACGAGUGCAAUGUACCGGCCAAGAAUUCGUACCUUUUCGCAGAAGCAUUCCACUGCUCCUCGAAGAGCCCCAUGAAUCCACCUGAGAAGUGCCAGUUUUUUGAACCGUCAUGA